AUGAAAAAUUAACUGCUCCAUCAAUCAGUAAGUAUAAUUAUCUAGCUCCAUCAAGAAUUAAAAGCAAAUUCAGCUGUUUCAUCUUCACUUGCUUAGACACUUAUUGAUACUGCUUCACAGAUAGAAAAACUUUAGAAAUAAGAGCAAUCAUAAUUCAAAUAUGUAGAUUACUCUAAAGAUGAAAGUGUUUAAAAAACUAUUAAAAAUAAAAGGACUUCUAGUUAAAUUAUUACUAAAGUACAAACUCCUUAAUGUAAAGAAAUAUUUUCAAGGGAAUGUUUACAAGAGGUAUAUUUUAAUUCUUAGUUAGUUAAUAUUGCCAUAUCUAAACCUUAAAGAUCUUAUAUCAUUUAGAGGUGUAAACUCCAUUAUUUAAGAAGCAAUAAAGCAAUAUGUGAAAUAAUAUUUAGUUAAAGAAGAAAAAUCAUUGGCCCAUCAUUUAUUUUCUUCAUACUACCUUUCUUCAUUAAAAGACUAUUUGUAUUCAUUCUUACCAAAAGCUAAAUGGUUUGAAUUCGAUCACAUUUAAGCUAAAAAGAAUAUCUAAAAGUAUUAUAAAGACUUUGAAGUCUUGAAGAAAGUUCGUUCAAUUCCCUAAUAAUAUGAAAAUAUUUUUGAAGUUUUGUUAUUAAUCUUCUAAGGAUAAAGAAAAACUAAUACUUCGUAUUUUGAAUAAUUUAAAAAAAUAAAUAUUAAGCAAAGUUUAAAAUAUGAAAAUAUCAUUUAAAAUAUUGAUUAAUUUAAUGGAAUUGAUGAAAAAAUCGCUAAAAAAUUUUCAAUUGAAUUACAUAAUACGAUAAUUUUAUGUUAAUCUUUAAUUUCAUUAUAUUAUUUAGAAAAUAUUUUUACAAUAGGAAGUGCCGCUUAAAGUGAACAUCAUUAAUUUAAUUAGAUUUCAUAUUAUUAUAAGUAUCAUUCAGAUUUAAUCAAUUUUUGGAAAAAAGUAAUUCAUUAGGAUUAAAAAUUUUAACUAUUUCUAAAUUUUUCAACAAAUAAGAUUAGUCUAGAAACAUAAAGUUUAUCUGAUAGCAAAUUUUAUCAAAAUAGGAUUAGUAUUUUAGUUCUUUGUUUAACUUAUUGUGAUGAUAAUACUUUAUUGUAGUCUAGAUUAAUUAAUAAAUAGUUUAAAAUUGAAAGUGAAUUGUUAUUAGAAGAUAGGUUAAUAUUCAGCAUAUAAGCUUUUGAAUUUUCAAAACUUUAUUAGAAUAGGUAAUUAUAAAGAGAUAAACAAUAUUAAAGUGAGCUAGGAUUUUUUAAUCCUUUAUUUGAUAUGGCUUUUACUUUGUUAAUUGAUAAACAUUAGGAAUUAGUUCAAUUUAACAAUUUUGAAUAUAUUAAACAAUGUGAUGAUGAAUUUACUUUCUAUGUCAAUACAGCUUAUUCUUAGUUGCAUGGUCUUAAUAAUCUUAGAAGCAUUUUAGCAAAAAAACAAUUAUUAAGAAUUACUAAAACUCACUUAAAUCCUUUUAAUAAAACAAAGCAGUCAAUUUAACUAGCUGCCCAUGCAUUAUAAAAUCUCAGUACUCUUGUGUAAAACAAUCCAAAAAUUUCAUAUAAUUUUUAAAUUCUUUAUCCAUUAUACUUGUACUUAAAACUUUUUAUUAUUAUCUAACAAACAAUAUUGCCUACUUAAUUUGACUCUAAUGAAACAGUUGUUUAUUUAUACCAUGAAUGUCUAAAAUAUUUAAAUAUUCUAUUCAAAAUGGGUAAAUUAACAACUUCAAACAUGAGAAACAUUAUAAAUAAAUCUUUAGAGUAUUUUGACUAAAAUUAAAAAUAAGAAAUAGCUUAAAGGUUAAAUUAAUAAUUUUUUUAAGUUUACUCUAAUUUUAAAAGUAGUCUAGAUUCAAGGGAGAGAACUCUUGAGAUUUUAACAGAAAUUACAGCAAUAUUCGAAAGCAUGAAUAUAUUUUUAAUAGAGAAAAGUCCGGAAAGGGAUUAUUUCUAAUAUGAUUCAAUUUUUACAACUAAAAUCUUAAAUUAUAUUACCUACUCUGAUUUAAUAAACUUUGCUUGUACAUCAUCAUAAUCGAAAAAACUAUAUCUGACUCAUUUAUAAAUAAGAAUAGAGAAUGAAGCAAAUAUAAUUAGAAAUUUUGAGAAAUAAAAUAAAUAAUCUCUUCUAAGCAUUUAAAACCUGAGACCAAAACUUGGUUUACAAAAGGAUAAAGCAGUAUAAUUAGUUUAAUAAUUUACAAUAAAUGAUUUUAGUGAAUUGAAGGCAUUUAAUCAUCCAACAUAAGCUUUUGAAAUUUAUUGUAGGCCUCUUUUAAUUUUAUUUGAUCUUUUAUAUAAGAGCAAUUCUAAUAAUUGGGUAAUUUUAAAAUCUUUUCUACUUCAACAAAAUGCUUGGUCAUAAAUUUAAGAUUUUUCUCCAGAAACCUUAUCCAGACAUAAAGUGAAUUUAAUAAAAUAAAUUUUGAAAAGUCCAAAAUUUGAUUUAAUAGCCUUAGCAAAGCUUAGUUCUCCUUUAUUAAAAUUUAUAAAUUGGCUUUAAGGUAGACUAUUAGUAAAUUAUUAGGAAUAUUGAUAUUACAUAGUUAUUUAAGACAAUAUUGCUUAGGAGAUAAGGAAGAUAAUCUUUCUGAGGAGUAGCAAUAAUUAUUUAUAGUGUUAGAUAUUAAAUAAUGCAUCUUAUACAAAGCAAUAAGAUAUUUAAGUAAAAACAAAUGA